CGAUCAAUUCUCAGAUCCAAGAACUUUCUCUUUUCCUUGCAACUUGUCAGACCGCUCGGCCGUUAUUCUUAGCGAAUUAUUUAGCCAUUAAGCUGCUGACAUCACAUCUUUCAUCCACUAUGUCUGUUUUGGACAAGUACGGUCCCGAGGUGCAGAAAGUCCCUGCAGAUGCCCCCAUUGAAGACAUCAUUGCACUUCUCAAGCGUGAUGGAGGUGUUUUCGUGAAAGGUCUUAUUUCUGAGGCAGAUGUUGAUAAGGCGUAUGAUGAGUGUCGAGCACGCUUAGACUCGGAUGUUGAAUGGGCGGGCAACUUCUUCCCCAAGGAGACGCAACGGGCGCCAAGCCUCCUGGCUCUCAGCCCUACAUACGCCCGAUCCCAGGUCAUGAACCCAGUCUAUCAACAAGUCGUCAAUCAUUUCCUUACUACGCGAAGUUGGUUCUGGUGGGGUACCGAACGGAAGGAGUCGGUUUCCAAACCUUACUUGCAUUCUUGCACAGCUAUGAGAAUUGGUCCUGGAGGUAAGGCGCAGCCACUCCAUCGCGACGACUAUAUCAGUCAUAACGUCCAUACCAAUAAUGAAAAAUGGGAUGAUGAGCGUGAUGUCAAUCGUGAAUCUGCCGUUGGGUUGUUUGUUGCUGGGUCGAAAGUUACGAAGGAGAAUGGCGGUACGCAGUUUAUCCAAGGGAGUCAUCUAUGGGGCUCAGAACGAGGUCCUCCGCGUGUUGAGGAUUGCAUUUUUGCCGAGAUGGACAAAGGCGAUGCGUUCAUCAUGCUUGCUUCAGCAUAUCAUGGCGGAGGAACUAAUUCUACCAACAAUGAGCACCGUUUAAUCUUUGCUACCUUUUCUAUCCGUGGAUUCUUGCGACAAGAAGAGAACCAAUUUCUCUCUGUUCCUAGAGAAACAGCGAUGAAGCUGGAUCAGGAUAUACAGGCAUUCAUGGGCUAUUCGAUGAGUGAUCCGGCAUGCGGUUAUGUUGAACAAAUAGAUCCGAUAUACUUGCUUCGACCGGAACUUGAGAAAGGCCCAUCGGACUUUUAAAAAAGCUGAAUCAAUUUCAAGACAAGUAAUGACUUGUAUGACUACAGUAGUUGAAAGCUGAG